AAAAAUGCUGAGUUUCCUCCGAAGAACUCUUGGGCGGCGGUCCAUGCGUAAACAUGCUGAGAAGGAAAGGCUCAGAGAGGCGCAGCGGGCCGCCACACACAUUCCUGCAGCUGGAGAUGCUAAGUCCAUCAUCACCUGUCGGGUGUCCCUUCUGGAUGGUACUGAUGUUAGUGUGGACUUGCCGAAAAAAGCCAAGGGACAAGAGCUAUUUGAUCAGAUUAUGUAUCACCUGGACCUUAUUGAAAGUGAUUAUUUUGGUCUGAGAUUUAUGGAUUCCGCACAAGUAGCACAUUGGUUGGAUGGUACAAAAAGCAUCAAAAAGCAAGUAAAAAUUGGUUCACCUUAUUGUCUGCAUCUUCGAGUUAAGUUUUAUUCUUCAGAACCAAAUAAUCUUCGUGAAGAGCUAACCCGGUAUUUAUUUGUUCUUCAGUUAAAACAAGAUAUUCUCAGUGGAAAAUUAGAGUGUCCCUUUGAUAUAGCAGUGCAAUUGGCAGCUUAUAAUCUGCAAGCUGAACUUGGUGACUAUGAUCUUGCUGAACAUAGUCCUGAACUUGUCUCUGAGUUCAGAUUUGUGCCUAUUCAGACUGAAGAGAUGGAGCUGGCUAUUUUUGAGAAGUGGAAGGAAUACAGAGGCCAGACACCAGCACAAGCUGAAACCAAUUAUCUGAAUAAAGCCAAAUGGCUAGAAAUGUAUGGAGUUGAUAUGCAUGUGGUCAAGGCUAGAGAUGGAAAUGACUAUAGUUUGGGUCUAACUCCAACAGGAGUCCUUGUUUUUGAAGGAGAGACCAAAAUUGGCUUAUUUUUUUGGCCAAAGAUAACCAGAUUGGAUUUUAAGAAGAAUAAAUUAACCCUUGUGGUUGUAGAAGAUGAUGAUCAGGGCAAAGAGCAGGAGCAUACAUUUGUCUUUAGACUGGAUCAUCCAAAAGCAUGCAAACAUUUAUGGAAAUGUGCUGUGGAGCACCAUGCCUUCUUCCGCCUCCGAGGACCUGUCCAGAAGAGUUCUCAUCGCUCAGGAUUUAUUCGGCUAGGAUCACGGUUUAGAUAUAGUGGGAAGACUGAGUAUCAGACCACAAAAACCAAUAAAGCAAGAAGGUCAACAUCCUUUGAAAGAAGGCCCAGCAAACGAUACUCUCGAAGAACUCUACAAAUGAAAGCAAGUACCACAAAACCUGAGGAACUCAGUGUUCACCAUAAUGUUCCAACCCAGAGUAAUGAUUCACAACAGGAUUGGGGUGUGCGAUCUCCUGUGCCUGUGAUUCCUUCCACAUCCUCUGGUCCUGUGCUGGUGGAGAUAGAGAAUCUUCCACAGAGUUCUGGAACAGACCAAUAUAACAGGAAAUGGCUCUCUGCUGCCAGUGACUGCUGUCAACGUGGUGGAAACCAGUGGAACACAAGGGCCUUGCCCCCAUCCCAGGCUGUACAUAGAAACUACACUGACUUUGUACAUGAGCACAAUGUGAAGAAUGCAGGAGUCCAUCAUGAUGUUCAUUUUCCUGGCCAUGCAGCCAUGACUGAGAUAUAAGUUAUUAAGCCUGUUAAGACUUGGGACUCUGUCAUCCAAGUUGAUGGUCUAUGUUUUCUGAUGUUUAUAAAGGAUUGAUCACAUUAGGAGUACUUGGGAGAAUUUAUUUGAUACUGAGUCACACUAGUUGUAUAGUGCUGUUUGUGAUUGACUUCCUCGGUGGAAGGGAAGAGGAUUUGAAGAAGCUGUAUGCCAUCACUGACAAUGACAGAAGUUGCCCUGUUGAAAGAGUGUGUAUACCACUGUGACUUUGGAAAGAGUGUGUAUACCGAUACGAUUUUAGCAUGUUAAUAUAUCACUCAGAAAAAGGCUUGUGUUUAUGACAAGCUACCAGUUGUCACCCCACUGCAUGCCAUCCAAAUAGAUUAAGGUUUAAAGAAUGAGUCACUAAAAGCACACUCAAAAGGAAGCAUGUUCAGUCAUGAUGUAUCAGCCCUUUGUAAUAUUAUAAUAGUGCUAUUCUCAUAUACUAUCUUAAUUUCUAAAGUGAUCCAUGCUUUAAUUUAACCUGAAGUGCCAUGGUUUUAAUUAAUAAAUUUUAAUACAUUUUUGCUUUUUAAUAAGCACAAAUAUUUUAUGUUACCUAGAAAAGUCACAUUAAUAGUAUGAUUCAUAUAGAGAGAUAAAUCUGAAUGGUUACUUUAAGUGGUUAACCAAUGGCUAACGGAAUGGUUGCAUUACUUCGGAAUGGGAUACCAAAUGGAAAAUGUGCUUACUUUGUCUUUUCACAUUAAUCUCUUUUCUCUUUCAUCACAUCUGCCUGACAAAUUACCCAGGUUUGCAGUAGCCUCAUAAUCUGGCCUUGUUAUACAACUGUUAAAAUAAAAUUGUGAAGUCAAA